CCUCCCCCUGCGGCCCCUGAACAGAACGCAACAUGAGGUGUCUUCUGAAUGCUAGCUCCGUCCACAGCCCUGCGUGGAAGAGGCUGCUGCUAACAGGUGCCCUGCUCGCAUCCUGCAUCCGCUCUGCCUCCUCGGAACUGCCCUCCUCUGCGCCUCUGAACUUCGUGACCGAAGGGGCCAGUGCUCACCUUCCUGUCCCCAGCAACCUUGAUGGCAUCCUCUCUACUUCUUGGUUCCGGGGGCACGAGGCCCGGCCGGAAGCCAUGAUCUUCUCCCCGGAGGGCCUCCCGGGGCCUGGCCACACUGGCCGGGAGACGCUGGGCACCCAAGGCAACCUGGUCGUCAGAAACGUCACAGCUCAAGACUCAGGAAGCUACACAGUGGUGCUGGAAACCAGUAGGGGACGCAGGAGUGUAACAGAGCAGAUACAUGUCAAGGCCAACUCCAAGCAGGUGUGGAUACAGACAUACCCGGAGAGCUACAAGUACGUCGUCCAGAGUGAACUCAACUACUCAGUGGUCCUGCACUGUGUAAACACGAUCAGCAUCACACCCGUGGUGUUCUGGACCUUCAAUGGGAAGCCCCACAGCGCCGGGGAGAGGCUCAUCAUCCGGCGGCUGUCCAAGGAGCACUUGGGCUCCUAUACGUGUGUGGUCUACAACAACCAGCAACAGUAUUCCUCCAUGCCUGUGACCAUCUUGCAGUCAGAAGUCAGCGUGGAUCCCACAGAUCAGCCCAUCGAGCCGGACUCCGCUCUCGUUGUGUCCGGAGCAUCCGCCAUCGCUCUCAUCCUGGCCGGCUCUGUGGGGAUGGUGGCGCUGGUGGCAGGCAUUUGCUUCACCAUCACGCAGGCCCACAGGAUGGACCGGCGAAGAAGAGUAUGAAUACGCAGCUGAAAUGUGAGCACCUGUCUGUCAGCCUGAGAUGGCUGCUCAACGCUUCUCCAUUCACGUGGAGAAAGACACCAUCCCAUACCUUCCACGUCUACAACACCACUGUUUAAGG